CGUCAUUAAAACAUUGCCAUUCUUCUUAUUCUUGCCGUCAUUUCUGGGCAUCGAGUUGUGAGGCAUUCAAGCGUACUGAAGAUGUUGUUGCCGAUAGUUAUAUGUUCUUUUUAUGCUCGAGUGAUAACAGUGGUGUUGUUUUUGAGUUCGAGGACCCAUUCUUUGGAACACAUUACCAAGUGUGUGGACGAAAGAAUCUCCAUCCGCUGUCCAAGGAAUGAGAGAAUUUGGAUCCAAAAUGCAUACGGAUGCCUCAAUUGUGAAAGAUCGUGCGGCAAACGGCUGUAUAAAACCCCGGAUACGAAUUCGCUCUGGGAUCUGUGUAAUCUACGUGACACCUGUGACCUCAAGGUGACCAAGCAUCGUUUAGAUUUGGACUACGAAUGUGUGCCUUUGGAACGGAUUCCGAUGUACAGUAUAUGUACCCAAGGCGAAAUCAAGAUGACGCCAUUUUACCUCCAUAGCCCGGGAUACCCCAAGGAUCUGUCCAAAAACAGGCAUUGCGAAUGCAACACGGAGUUGACAAAACCAGCCAAAUUUAGCGUGACGGUUAAUCAGGGAAGAUUUCAGUUUGCAGAUCCGGAAAUAAAGUUUGGUCAUUUCGUCAAGAAAAUCAGGGGUCCACUCAGUGUCACCAUUCCGACGAUGUUCAAGGUGGUCUACAAAAAUAAUAACGAGAGUAAAGACCACCGGUUUUGGAUGAAGCUGUCGGUGGACAGUGACGAAGACGUUACUUUAACAUGCAAGGAUGUGAAUGCAAUGCAAUCUGCUGAAGAGAAUUUACAUACAAUAGCUGGCCCACCAAUUUCGACCGUUGCUGGUUGCGCCACUGCCAGUAUCGUUCUGAUAAUCCUCGUCGUUGUUGUGCUUCUGGUCCACAAGAAACGGAAAGGUGCCGUGACGAACAUCGUGAACGUUGAAAGAUCCUUGGCUAACGUAACAGACCAUUGGAAUGCCGCAUUUCCUCGAGUUCAUGAUGAUGAACUUUUUCCUCAAGCAUCUCCCCUCACGAGUAUAGUGACCCGCUACCUCCGGAACGUGUGCAACAACACAAGGAAGAAGCUGGUUGAACUCUUUGCAACACUUGGUGUUCAGGAAACCCAAGACUUGCUGUUCCUCGAUGCAAAAGACAUCGUGCCACCUCUGAAGCUGGUGGAGGCUAGAAGAUUCUUGCAGCAGUUGCAAGACCACGAGCACAGCGGUGGUGAUGAUGACGGAGGUAUAUACAUCGAAACAAUCGACGAUCGUGAUCCACAAGGUGACUGGCAUGAAGAUUAUUCCUACAUCAACCCAGAUGCAGGAAUUGGUCGUAGACCACCGGAGGAUGGCCCAGCAGGGGGCGGCGCGCCACCUUUAUAUCAUAACAAUACGAGGGACACAUCGCAACGUGCUGGCUACCAAACAGACAACCCGGAGUCAUCCAACAAUCAGGAAAAUGAAUAUCUUUCCAUGCGCAGGACUUAAAUGUAACCUCCAGACCGCAACAUAUACCCAGAUUGAAAUAGACACUGGUGCGGGUGGUGUAUCGUGAUGGCGUCAAAGCACGACCCGAGCAUGAAAUCACGUGACUUGCUUGCUGUCGUAACCACCUCUGGGCAUAAUAGGCAGGUUUCGAAACAUUUACGAAGUGCAACGAAGUACUAAGUAUGUAAAUGUACUUUAUUGACGACCUUUUUCGAAAGUUUCCCCGAUUCCUCGUACAAAUCAGUACAGAAGAUGAUUAACGAGAAACCUGCAUUUUAAAGGAUUCCAUCUAUAUAAUAAUACUGGAAGGGGGACGAAUAAAGUCACACUUAGAGGCGUUGGAUUGCCUUGAAAUUUUGCAUGAAUUGUGGUGACACCUUACCCUGAUGCAACGUCUUGGUUUUGUUCAAAAAUUUACUUCAGUGGAGCAGUAAUGAGGGAUUUUUAAUCGUACACUGUCAAUUCUCCUUACCACUUAUUGCUGUUAAAUUAUGCAGGGGCUUAAUCAAUUAUCUGCACUCCCUCUGGGGUGAAUAACAUUACCUUUUGAACAGCUGGCUGUGGGGGAUGAUUGGAACAGCCGGUAUACCUGCUGACCUGCUGAACCCAGGUUAAUGUUAUUCUCAAUCCACGAUUUCGCGUGAAAUGAAAUUGUAAACAAACGCAUGUGUGCAGUUCAAAUGUAAACAAAAAUGUAUUUUUGGUACUUUGGUUGCUGGACUUGGGUUUUCCCGCAGUAAGGAGCUGGGGUCAAAUUGAUGGUCUAUUGUUUAUGGGUGCUGUUUUAGUCAGAGCUAGCCCUUGAUUAUGAAGGAAUUUUCAAAUGAAGGUUACCAUGGUCUGUUUAUGUGCUCACCACAGCUUUCAAUACUUGAUGUAUCUGAAGAGGCACGCUGAACCUGACAUGGCCUUAUCAAGGAGCUGCUCACGAUGCUGAACUUCUAGCUUGCCUGUCGACGAAGUGCCUUGCCCGAGACAUUUGGAAGCCGACAUGUGAAGGCCUAUCUGAGUUCUCCUUCUUCUCCGUAUAAAAAGGGGCAUAUUGCUGACUAAGGAACGAGGCAUAUUGACAUUGCCUCAUCAUCUCUAUCGGACCAAUUGACACACUUUUUAUGCACACAUACAGCACGCCACAGCUAGGUCCGAGUUUGUGGACAAAUGGUUUGUUUAAUUUGCCUCUUCAAUAUUGCUCCUUUGAUAUUGCAUUAGAUUUUCAUUGCAAUUCAAUCUAUUCAAGAUAUAGCCCAUUUGAACCUGCCUGCGCCACGGGUAUAAUGCUAGUACACUAUAAUAUCCCAUACUGAAGACAAUAACCGUAACUGAUCAUUUUGAUCAAACUACUAACCUUACGUACUCAUAUAGCUGUAUAUAUACUAUAAUGCAAACAUAUCCAGGAUGAGUGAAAUGUAAUCCGAAGGUAAUAUUACUAAUUGUCCAUAAUACCCAGACGUUUUAAGCUAGCAGGCAGGGGUGGGCGUUUGUGGUUUCUGAGUGUGAGGGGGUAUAGUGGUGUCUGUUGACUGAGGCUUGAUGCCAGUCUCUCUUUAAGCACAGUCAACAGACAUAUGGUUUCAGUAUUAGGUCUUUCACUGUAGCAAUGCGAAAUGUAAGCAAUUUUGGUUACGUUCAAUUGUUAUCACCAAGGAGCUUCUAAAGUGACUCAACCACUCUCUUGAUUACAGCGGCCGCCUCAGCGCCACCACGCUGGGCCUAAUGGUAUUAUGCUAAUGUUAUUAGGCUAAGUAGCUUCGCGCGAUAUGCACCAUUCUGGGAAAACUCAAUGAGGAGUAUGCUCAUUAUCAUAAUAUAUUCUUAGCACCAGCUCGAGGUUAUCUUGCGCAGUGUUUCUUCGGCCCAGAUACAUUGUGGUGGAAAACGUCCAGUACAAAGAACGCCUGGCUUGCGCCAGGCUUAUAAGUGCGCGAGACUACUGUGAUAAAAAUGACCAUUGUAGAGACUUUGUGACGUGCGCGAGACUACUGUGAUAAAAAUGACCAUUGUAGAGACUUUGUGACGUAGGCAUAUACUUUUUACAAUUAAAAAUGCUCUCAAAAGACGAUAAGGAAUGAUUAUUUAUUAACAUUUCCUGAACCAUAUACAUUCUAAUUAUCACUUUACAUAUAUAGCCUUGGUUGGCGUUAGGUCGCGUGCUUUUCUUUCCUCGUGACAAUAUACAGCAAAAUAGUUACAACCCCAUAAUCGCGCUAUAAGUCCAUAGCGAGGUCACGGUGACCCGUUAUAAAUGUUUCGCCAGCUUCGCUAUUUUGCCGCUACGCGGCGCGUUGGGUCCUUGCGUCAAGUGCACGUACUUAUCUUCUGAAUGUAGUCACAUGGAUUAUAUACCAUAAAGUAGGAGAAGUGACUGGUCUAUUGACACCUCAAAAAUUACCCUCCGAUCAUGCAUCAUUGAGCGCCAUAAUCAUGAAAAUGAAUGUCAAAAUCUUUUUCGCUCAGGCAAGUACAUGUAGUUCAGACGCAAUAUGUAGGGGCAAUUUGACAAGUGUUUUAAUGUCACCUUUAUAUUUAGAAAAAACAACACUAUAACGUUGGCGAAAUAGAAUUCGACGUUUACCUCUUUCAAGCAAGGGUUUUAAUGUCACUCAUUUAACUAUGAUGUUAUCAAAGAGUUUGGAACUUGAGCUUUAAAUUGAUAUCAUGGUCUAAUAAUGUAUAUGCUAUCUGUAACCCGUGAGAGUCGCUGCUUUGAAAUUGCUAUUUUUGAAGAAUCGUGGAAGAAUCUCACGUUUGUGAUUACAUCAUACCUAAAUUGAUGGCGUGGAAACAUUCGUCAGAUUGUUUUGAAAAUGGGAUGUCAAAAACGACUUGGCGCACGCAUGUCGUCACAACGUAAUGGGGUAAUUUGAUGAAUGUUUUGGUCUCAAUUUAGAUAUCGUGAUGGUGGUUUGGUAUUAAAUGGCUUCCAUAUUUCCAAAGUAAUGAUGUCAAACAUUUUCUGGGAAUCCCCAGAAGGGGCCACCUCACCAGACGUCGAUGAGCUACCGCGAUAUAGCAAAAUAUUAUAGAACAAAUUUAUGCGAAUAUAGUCCUUUACUCUAGGGGAAUAUUUUCAACGAAGGUUUCUUUGCCGUAGAGUGAACGCGGUGGCCCUCCUAUCUAAAUGACUUGCAGCCUCAACAUGGCGCCAUUGUUGUUGUUGGUGGUGGUGGCGGUAGUGGUGGUGGUGUUGGAAAGCCGUUAGAUAACGUAUUAUGGUGCCAAAAGGCCGCUCGCUGCCUGGUGUGGCUGAUGUUGUGUCUACCGCUGAGGAUAAUGUCCACUUCAUCGACAGAUACAAUGCAGCGGAGCAGACUCUGAGAAAACUCGCACUGAAGGUUGUUUUUGUUGUUGUAAUUGUAACUGUUACUUAGAUGUAUAAACAUGUACAAUUUUUUAUUCCCGUUUGUAUUCGCCUUCCUGGCGGUUUUAAGAUUUCACGGUACAGCUGGGAGCCACUUUCGAUAAAAAAAAAACAAACAUAUAUCACAGGCCAGUCUUGUCACUACCGAUUAUGACACUCGUCGAACACUUUGACAUUAGAGUGCAUGUGCAUUGUAUAUUGUAACGUUACAUGUUAUAUUCUGUGGAC